UUUCCAAUGUUGUGCAUCGACAGUUCAAAUACCUUCUGAUUUUGUGUUUAAAAAUUUUCAGUAUGUCUUUCUUACAAGUUGUUUAAUAUUCUGCUAUUGUAAAUGUAGUGUUUUGUAGUGUACAUAGUUUUCUUUCACCUUCAUAAAGCCUAACGAAAGCCACUGGUCCUCGUCGGAACAUCUUCGGUCUUAAAACCAAAAGUGAACAAGAUCUUUGGAGACCUCUAAACCUCAACAAAGCUACACAGAGAAGUUGAGUAUGGAGAAGGACAAGGCUGACGUGGAUAUGGCUUCAGAGGAGGGUGGUCGUGACAGUGUGCCUCGGGGCUCCUCAGAGGGGGAGGGAGAGGAGGGUCGUCGAGGUGACACCCCCGGCCCCCUCCCUCAGUACCAGUAUGACCGGAAUAAACUCACCGAAUUAUCAAAGAGCCCAGCUGCUAAGAUGUGGCCAGGCUUUUUGGAUAAGGAGUAUAUCAAUGAGGAUGGUUGUUGGGACCCUGAGAAAUGGUUUCGUGGGUGUUCCCCUGUGCAGGGGGAGUUUGCAGAGAGGAAGAAACCCUCUUCUCUGGACCUGGUACCCAUGAGGAAGCGACCUGCAGAUCCCAAAGAGAGGCUGAAGGAGGAGCGUGACGGGAUUGUGUUGAGUCCUCAGAGACGGAGCUUCGGGACCGGAUGUCAUGUGACGCAGGCGAGCGUUCUGCGUCAGCAGAGCUGCCCAUCAGACUUCCGUGAAGGAAGUGAUCGUGACAGGGACAGACGGGACCAGAGACGAAUUGGGAGUGGGCGGAUCCAGAUUGAUCGCGACCAACCCAGGGAUCGUGAUCGAGACUUCCACCGAGAUCGAUUUGAUCGUGACCUGCGUGAUAGGGACCGGGACCGUGACCUGCGCGACCGCGACCGUGGUGAUAGCCGACGGUAUGAUGACCGCUACAGUCGAGAUAACAGGGAUAGUGACAGACGGAGGGAUUACCGUGGAUAUUCUUCAGUACGGCGUGGUCGUGACUACCGUAUGGAGGAAGAGGAGGCACCAGAGUGGUUCACGGAAGGGCCUGUCAGUCAAACAGACACAAUUGAGCUGCGAGGGUUUGACCGGGUGGAGGAAGAGGAUGAUGCAGAAGUUGAGGAGAGUCCAGCCCCAAAACCAGCAAGGAAAGAGAGCAAGAAACAGUCAGGUAUCUGUGUGACUGACCGUAAUGGGAGCCUGGAGACAAAUGAGUCCAGUUCUCCUGAGACAGAACCACAACCAGUGCCCACUUCCUCCCAUGCGGCCAUCCAUCAUCAAAACCGACGUUCACCUGCACACCAGUCCUCCCUAUUUGAUUUCAAUGAGUUCUUCAACAUAGAAAACAUUCCAGGCCUUGGUGACGGUCCAAGCCCCGAAUCAGAAAUCCGGCACGUGGGAAGCAGAUUCUGUCAGUGGUUCCAGGCAGGUGGUAGUCAAGGAAACAGCCGACACAACAGCAGACGUUCCUCCAUCAAUGAAGAGUUCCCAUACCUUAACGAGCUGAUCAGUGGCAAUCGUAGCCCGAUGGUACCCUCCCCUCACUCCAUGGUAGACAAAAACCUCAGCUUUAGCCCCAUCCCAGGGCAUGAGGAGAGAGGCCCCCCAGGAGAUGAGCCACCACCACCACAAAUCAGCAGUGCACCCAAUGAUAAGUGCUCUCAUUGCCAACAACAAUGUCCCCAACGCGGAGAAGUCAAACCACACUUGGUUUCUUCAUGGCCCAUUCUGUCUCCCUUAGGCACGACCAGCAGCCCCCUGUCGGCCAGUGACGCAGAGGCACAGCUCAAAGCUCUUAUCUUUGGCAAGCGCUCCACCUCUUCCAGUGAACGCUCCACACCUGGCAUGUCCCCACUCACUGUUCCAAUGAAGGCCAAGACAGUGGCUGAGCUCGAGGCAGACAUGACCUCUGACUCUAAACCCCACAGAACCAGCCUCUGCCUCGGGCCCUGCCGCCUAGUCACAGGUCACACCCACCACACCCGCCUCUUGACAACACCCAAAGAAUGGGACCAAGGAGAGACGGGUGAUGAUUUGGCAGCCUUCAACAAGCUGCUGACCCUGAUGAGGGCAGGCGUGGCGGCUGCUGAAAGUCCUCCCCCCAAACUCCAGACACCGAUGCCAAUGCGGGCAGACAACAGGCCAGUGUCCCCUCUGCAUAUGGCUCAGCCCCCCAAACAGAUGAUCUCGACAGCUGCUAAGGAUGAAUUCUUACAGGCUAUUCUGCGGAACAAAGAAAAACAGAGACUGUUACAGCAACAGGCCCAGAUUCGCUAUCAGCAGCACCAGCAGCCGCAGCCCCCCACCCCCAUGAUGUCCGCACCCCCUCCCCAGACGGCUGUGUCGCACCCACCUCCUCAGAUCCCACAGCCCAUGCUCCCACCCCAGGCCAAACCCCACCCCAUGAGUGCUCCCCACCCUCCUUCACAAGCCCCAGAUCCUAUCAUGAGCUUCAUCAAACAGAACCCAACCAUCAUUACCAAGCCCGCGUCCCCGAGUCCCACUCCCCCACCCCUCCCUAACCUGCUGGCACAACCCUCCACGCCUCGCUCACCCUCCCCGCAGGUUAUCCAACAACAGCUGCUCUCAUCACAGCAGUCCACGCCACGGAUACAGUCACCUAUCAUGUUCAGCCAGCAGCCUCCAAGGCAUCUGAGUGCCCCCUCUCCGGUGCACCCUGCCCAGCUGAGUGCUCCCUCUCCCGUACAUGGGGUACAGCUGAGCGCUCCUUCCCCUGUACACCCUCUAGCGCUAGGACAGAACACGCUGUCUGCUAACACACUCACAACCAGUAACAGCAUCCGCCCACCUGUGGUUCCACGAGUGCCCAGUCCCCAGGAGCUCAUUGCCCACACACAGGCCAUCAUGCAGAAUGCCCUGAUCAAAAAACAGCUGGAAGACCAGAAAGAGCGCUUUAUGAGAAAGCAGCAUGAUGGGUCUAAAUCUCCUAAUCCCAUGAUGAUGGUACCUAGUCAGAAACUGCCUACGGGGAUGUCUCUCUCCCCCAACCCGAUCUCAUUACAGUCACCCACAGCUAGCAAGCCCACUGUGACAAUGGCUUUUACCCCAACCUCCGUGAUGAGGAAGAUGCACUCUGACAAAGUGGAAGAGAAAGAGAAGCAGGCCCGAGGGGAUACGCCUACUGGCAGUAACCAAGGUUCCCCGUCUCACCAGCCUCACCGGCACCUAGAGGACGAUGCCCGGAGGUUAGAGAAUGGUCUGGAAUCCAGCUUAGGCCCAGGUGGUCCCUUCCAGAAUAUCCCUAUGAGCAUGGGCAAUGGGUCCAUGAAGGACCCUGAACUGACCAACACCUCCAACCUUCGCCAUAUGCCAGCUGUGAGCGGCAUCUCUAGUGCUAGUCAACAGUACCUCCCAAGCUGUACCAUGCCGCCUGUAGGAAGUUUGGCUCACCAGCAACAGGUGGCCGCUGCGGCAGCCUUCAAGGCAACGCAGGAGAAACUGGCCAAGCAGGCACGUGCUGUGAUUGGUCAGGGAUCCAUGCAGGCUCCGGUCUCCUUGUCCACUCUACCACUCAACUCUCAGAACCAUGGCAGACCAAUUGUCAAGGGUCAGCCCGUGGCAUCUACGAUAACCACUCCAGCUUCCAUGGGUAUGCGUGGGGUGACGGUUGCAGGUAGCAAACCCGAGUCAAGCAGCCAACCCCAGCUCCCAGCCACCUCUCAGGUCAACCUGGACAUGGCCAAACUGCUGGAACAACAACAACGACUUCAACAACAACAGCGCCAGCUUACACCGGGCACGUUGCCACGUAACAUGGGCCCAGGAUCAAACCCGUAUAGUGUAUCCCCACUCCCAGGGCGCAUGCCCAUCCAGUCAGGCAUGAUGCCCCCACCGGUCAACGUGCCCCCUAACCCUCUCCUUGUGCAGCAGCUGAUGCAGGGUGGGGUGAACCCAGCAGCUAGAGGCAAUAGCAGUACCAUGAACCAGAUUAACCAGUUAAACCAACUUAACCAGUUAAACCAACUCAACCAGUUAAACCAGCUCAACCAAUUUGCAGUGCUUACGGCCCAGCAGCGAUCAGUGGACCCGAGACUCCAGGUCAGGGGAGGCUACCCAGGCAACAUCCUGACACCUCGGAGCCCCGUGCCCCCAUCAGCUGUCAACCCUGCUCUAGGUCGAGCUCUAUCCCCUAACAUCCAGGCACAGACAUUAGGUUUGAAUGGGCCAAUGUCCCCUGGGGCGUUCCCACCCAACCUACAGUUUCCAGGGGCUGGGAUUCCUCACGCCAGCCUGAAUGGGAACAACAAUCCCCUUGGUAAAGUCGAGGACGUGGCCUCACACAACCUGGCCAAGUGGUUCGGGAUGGAGGUGUUCAGAAACCAGCUUCCCGGCAUGCCUCCCAUACCUCAUCAGGGCAAGAAAGUGCUGACGGUGGACGAGAUUGAGCGCAGCCAGCAUUGACUGACAUCCCCGGGAGUGCAGGUGCUUGUCCACUAGCUGUGCUUUGAAUCUGCGACUCAUUCGCUAGGCACCGAAAACAUUGAUCUUGAUCCUCACGGCUUCUGCAGUUUUGGUGUUGCCAGGAAGUUUGGAUGGUUUUAGCUUUUUUCUAGAAACUGUAAGAGCAGCUGCGAUGUUGCCAGAUUUUGGGCAAAAUGUUGCGUGGAAGGACUCAGUCCACGGUUGAAUAUUGCUUAAUAAAAAUUUCCGGUAUUAGGUAGCCAUCAGGGCAUUGAUCAUUCAUGGAUACCUCAUUCUGUUGACAGCAUUGAAUUCUUCAUACGCGGACAGAAACAAAAGCAGAGAAUAUAUUUUCUGCCUUCGCUUUGCAUUGACAGAAAGCGUCAAUCUGCAGCAUUUUACUAGCAUCAGGAGUUCUGAGACAACUUGACCAUCCACUUCUAUUGAAGAGGAAUAAGGAUCGCAGAGUGGCAACUCCUGUGAUAGUUGCCAUCGUGAGGGGAGCAAAGGUACUUCUGCAUUCGCCAGCUCUUCUCAGCAGCUAUCGGUUGUUGCUUUGGCCUGCCAUCAGCCAUGUGUUUUGGGUAAUUUCAGUGUUUGUUGUUGCCUAGCUGAUGAAACCAGUGUGAUUUGCUUGCACAACUGUGGAAUGAAAUGCUGGCUGCCUUCACCCUGUGAAAAGCCAUUCAUUUGGACCUACUGCUAACCAUUCUGUUUUGUGCUAGACUGAGAGAUAAGACUAUAAACCUGAAUUGCGUCUGUGUGUGUUGUGUGUGUGUGAAUGUACUUAUGUUUUUUUGAAUGCAAGGUUUCACACUGGUUGAUCACCAGUAGUGAGUGAAUAAUUUUGAGUUUGUAAAAUUGUUACACCUGUGAACAUAUUUGAUUUAUUGUACAUAAAAUAUGUGUUAUCAUGUAUAUAGCUUUGCAACGAUGGAAUAAUGAAAUGAUGUGUAUUUGUUUGUCGAGUGCUUGAGAUUUGUCGGUGGUUUUGAGAGGGAUUGCUGUUAUUGUAGAAAAUCUCAUGCUUCUUGUACAGCUGCCCUCUUUCAUUCAAGUUGCAUGUCUAGUGAUCCCUAUGAUGAUUGUGUUGUUGUAAGUUGAUCCUUGUACAGUUACUUGCCGUUGUGUGUUAUAAUUAGUCAGAUGUAUAUUUUUGCUGUUGUGAGUGGGCUGGGUUUAACAAGGGUGUGUGGGAGUGGCAGAAAAUAGAACCAGGAACUUCUUUCGUGCACUGUAAAGUAUAAAUCGAUGCUACAAAUUGAGUUUCAAAACUACAACAUUGCAUCAAGAGCAACAAGUCUUGAAAUUAAAUAUUUCAUAUGUA